AUGGCACCCCGAGUCGCCAUCGUCUUUUAUUCGCUCUAUGGCCAUAUUCAGAAGCUAGCCGAAGCUGAGCUGAAAGGCAUUACCGCCGCUGGCGGCAACGCCGAUAUCUACCAGGUCGAAGAGACUCUUUCAGAGGAUGUUCUCAAAAAGAUGCACGCCCCGCCAAAGUCUUCUUAUCCUACAAUUGACGUCCAUAAACUGCUGGAGUAUGACGCGGUGCUAUUUGGCAUUCCAACCCGCUACGGCAACUUCCCUGCUCAGUGGAAGGCAUUCUGGGAUAGAACAGGUUCUAUCUGGGCCUCGGGUGGUUACUGGGGAAAAUACGCCGGGAUAUUCAUUUCAACAGGCACUAUGGGCGGAGGGCAGGAGUCAACUGCUAUCGCCUCUAUGAGUACCCUCGCCCAUCAUGGAUUCAUCUAUGUUCCUUUGGGAUAUAAGAAUGUGUUCCCGCUACUUGCAAACCUUGACGAAAUUCACGGCGGGUCUCCCUGGGGAGCUGGUACCUUUGCGGGCGCGGAUGGUAGUCGUCAACCAACUGCUUUGGAGAUUGAGAUUGCCGAAAACCAGGGCAAGGAUUUCUGGAAGGCUGUUUCCAAGGUUCAACAUUAG